AUUUUGCAACCAUUUGCUUUAAGGUAGUUGCACUUUAGUAGCAUAAUUUGGUUGAUAAAAUUUGAAAGCUUGCUUCUGAGUGGUCAAAUCAAAAAGGCAAGGAUUGGCUUUUGUCAUUCUAACGGCCGUUGAUAUUAAUAAAUCUAACGGCCACAAUUUAAUCAGAUUCUUUUUUUCUUCCUCUUAUGUGCUUUCUCCUUUGUCAGUUUCACACAUCGAACCUUUUUCAUUCUCUUCAUCUUCUUCUUGAAACCUUGUCGCAUUCUUUUAUUUAUCUUUUUUUUCCUCGUCCAUUUCUCUUAGUCUUAUUUCUCUUCAUCUCCUUAUGCUAGUCUAAUUGAUUUUUGUUUUGUUUACAGAUCUGAGAAAAAGGAGCAGCUAUAAGACGGGAAGAAGAAGUGGUGGUCUGACAGAGCAGACGCGCCAGAGAUGGAGGUGGUCUAACGAAUCGGAGGAAUGGUAGAUGCUGUAUGUAUUAGACCAACACCGGUGGCUCCACGACCAGAUCGAGUCGUGGCUCCAGUUGGAACCACUCCAAGUUGUCGCUUCAGAUGGAACUCCGAGUCGUCGUGGGCCGUGCAACUGGAGCCGGUGGAGAAGCUGGUGGGAGGCCGAGAUGUUGAUGGUGUAUUUGUGUAUAUAUAUGUGUAUUUAUCUUUGUAAUUUGACCUUUUAAUUAUAUUUAAAUUAAUAUUAAAUUUUGAUUCUGAAACUUUUUAAAAUUAUUAAUUAUCUUUUAUAAUUUAGGGGAUUCAAACUAAUAAUUUAUCAACCAUUAAUUUGUUAAAAAUAUAAAUAAUUUGUUGAUAUAUAAUCAUAAAUACUUGUGACUAAUUUGUAACUAUAUAUAAAUAUUGUAGUCACUAAUAUUAGCAACUAACUUAUAACCAAAUUAGAAUUGAGACUAAUUAGCAACUACUUUUUCAAGACUAAUGCGUAACGAAAAAAAGUAGUCUUAAAUUUUGUCCAACUACGACGAUAGUUACAAAUAUGUCGCUAGUUUACUACUGAUUACGUAGUUUCACCGUAGUUUCUCUUUUGCAACUAAUUUGCAACUAAUUGUUUUUGCGACGAAGUUUUUUUAACUACAUCUAGUAGUUGCAAAAUAGUUACAUUUUCGAUAUUUGCAACUAUCUUGUAACCAUUGUUGCAGUUGUAAAAUUGAUGUUUUCUUGUAGUGAGAGGGACGUUUUUGGGACCGGUGAUCAAGCUUGGAGAGAGGUCUUUGAAAUUAUCAGCUAAGAUAGUGCACGCAGUUCUCACCAAAAGCAUCAAGACAGUGAAGAGACACGAAACAUGGUUCCAUUUUGGUGCUCAGCCAAUGAGGUUCUCUAUAAGAGAAUUCCACAUGGUGACUGGUUUGAAAUGUAGUGGUGAAGCAAGAGAACCACGAGAGGAAACCGAGAAAUUUAAGUGGGACUUCCUAAAAGGGCGUACUCAUACAGUAAAGGACGUGGAGAAGCAGCUCAGAAACACAAGAGAAGAUGCUUCUGAUGAGAGAUUCUGCCUUGCAAUGCUCCUCCUGAUUGAGAGCAUACUACUACAGAAGAGCCUUCUCGACGGUGGCACAACUUUUACUUUGGAUUAUGUGAAAAUAGCGCAGGAUAUGGAUGUCUUGAUGACAUACCCAUGGGGGAGAACAGCUUAUAAUUUGCUGUUAAAAUCACUUCAGAGAGCUGUCGACAAAAGCCUCGACAAAAACAAUUAUGAUUUGCAAGGAUUCCCUAUGGCAUUUCUUAUAUGGAUACUUGAGUCAGUACCUUUGCUACAGUAUGCAUUCAGUCAAGUUGUUCCUAUUCUGAGCGUUCAACCGUCUACCCCAAUAUUUUUGUGUGAGAAGUACCUUCAAAUAGCUUCUCCACAGCUGAUAGAUGUUCUCCUAAUUGAAAUCAAAGAUCAUGUAAGUUUUUACAUUAUUUUUUUCUUGUUUCUGUUUUGCCUUAUGAUUCUCCAUUUAAAAGCUAAUUAUUUUUAUGGUUUCAGCUUAAGGUCACAUGCAUCCUACCUCCUAUUUCUAAUGAUCCAGAAGCUGAUGUUUGCAUGGAAGACGAAGGUAAUAAAGAUCUGGAUGACAUGGCCGAUUUAUCCAAGAGAGGUUAUAAGUUUAAAAUUAGAGAUUGGCGAAACAUGUCAGUAGACCUAUACGGUGCUAAUGAACAAAUAAGAAGAGCAUCUUUACUGUUUGGGAAUGGAGGGAUGAGUCAAGCUUCUUCUUCGUAUCAGGAGGAGUCUUUGGAAUCAAAGAUCAACAGAAUCAUCGAGAUGGUGGGAGAUAAUUUAAGGAUCAUGAACGAUCGUUUGUGUUUGAUUGAAAAAGACAGGAAACAGAUUAAAGAACGUGUGACAAAACUAGAGAAACUACAAAGAGUUACUUCAUAUGAAACUCCAAACAAUGAGGUAACUUUUUUUUCGGAAAUUAAAAUUAAUGUUUAUCUAGUUCUUGAUUCAGUUUUUUUUUUGAGUUGUCAAGUAAUUUUAGAAGAUGUUAUACAUAUUUAGGAUUGCCUUCCUAAUUUUUGUUGUACUUGCACAGACUGACACAACUCCAUUUCAUGAGACGGCUUCCAGACAAGGUGAAGCCAAUGCAGAUCAAGCAGAUGAACAACUUAACAAUGAGGCAAGUAUAAUUUUGAAAACUGUUGGUAUUUAUAAAAUUAUGAAUUUGGUUGUACUUAAAUUAAUUUUUGGAAGUUCUUGUACGUGUUCAUAAUCCCAUUCCUGACUUCAGGAUACACGAGAGCCUAUGAAUGAGAUCACGAAAGAGACACCUGGUUCUCCAAUAGCUCAACAGAAUAUUGAGACUCCAGUCCUUACUCCAAUUCAGACGCAGCAGGUACCUUCUUUAAAAAAUUGGACUUUUCAAGUAAUUUUUGGAAGCCCUUGUACGUGUUCAUUCAACCAUUCCUGAAUUCAGGAGACUCACGAGCUUAUGAAUGAGAUCAUUUCACCAAACAUUUCCGACACACAGCCAAAUACCCGAGCUCGCAGAAAUCUUUUAACAGAGCAAAAUAAGGUAUUACUUUCAUUAAAACCUUUAAUAAAUAUACAGCAACUAUCAAAAUGACUGGAUAUCCUUGAAUCUAAACCAUCACAUGAUGUAGAAAGCAGAGUUCAAAAUCCCUUUGAGAUCGGAGCAAAUGUGGAGAUUUCAUCACAAGAUGACAAUACUUGUCAUAAAUGGUAUCCAGGAAAUGUGUUGGCAACAUAUUUGGUUGAUGGGGUUGAGAUGGUGAAAGUUGAGUACUCCGUCCCGUCUCUGGACGAAAAGAAGAGGAAAAGGAGUGUUGAGACACGUGUAUCAAUUGACAGAAUACGUCCUCAACCACCACCUGAGAGACCUGGAGCGAAGAAAAGUUAUGAGCUAAUGCAGGACGUGGAGGCGUUCGACAAUGGUGCCUGGUGCGCUGGAAAAGUUAAAGUCAUUUUGUUUGAUGGCUCGUGUUUUGUCUCUUUGAACAAUUCUACUGAACAAAUUUACUUCAACCAUUCUGAGAUGCGAAAACCAAGAAAAUGGGUAGAUGGUGUUUGGGAGAUGACAAAAAAGAUGGAAGAAGAGCAGACGCAGAGUGUGAAUCCAAGUGAAGGAGAUGGUGAUAAAAAGGGGAAGGCGAAGGCUGUCGCUUGUAAGAAAAAUGAAGCAGCUGGUCCAUCAGAAGAUGGUGUUGGGAAAAUGGCAAAAGAGAUGGAAGUAAAGCAGGGUAAGAGUGUGAAACCAAGUCAAGACGAUCAUGCAAAAAAGGGGAAGCCUGAUGUUGGUAAGAAGAAGAAAGCAAAUGCUCAGCCAGUAGAUUUGCUUCCUUUUCUACAGCGAAAAGAGAAGAGGCCAAUACGACCUAGAAACCCUCCUAUACCUGUAACACCUGAGGUAAUCCUUCCAAUUGAUCCAUUUAUGACACCUGAAUUUCCUUGGUUUUCAAGGCUUGCACACUGGAUGGAUCUACGGGGCAAUAUCGUGUGUAAGCAACUUUUUGUCCUUGCAUAA